CUUGGGAAUAAGCAAAGGAGCAGCCUUGAGCACGGAGGCUGCAACAGAAGGUUGGCUCAAAAAACCUGGACGACUGAAAUGCUUGAUCAAUCUAUUAAUUUUUCCAGUUCUCAUUUUCAGUCUUUCUCGUAAAUUAGCAGAGUGGAGGAGGAAGGAAAAAGGAGCGGUUCAGAUUAGACUCACCACCAUAUACCGAAUCAUGUGGAGAAGGCUCGCGGUUCAGCUACGAACUCUCAGGCCCGUUCGAUGCGCCACCACCACUUCAAGCCGACCAGCUGGUUUCUAUCGCCUUUUCUCUGCAUCUGGAAAUGCUUCUGCAUUAAGAGUGGAAGAUGUAGUGCCGAUCGCCACUGGUCAUGAGCGAGAGGAGUUGGAAGCUGAGCUUCAAGGAAAGGACAUUCUCGAAAUCAACCACCCAUCGGGUCGUUUUGGAACGAAGGAAUCCCCAGCCGUGAUAAAGUCUUAUUACGACAAAAGAAUUGUGGGAUGCCCUGGUGGUGAAGGCGAGGAUGAGCAUGAUGUGGUUUGGUUUUGGCUAGAGAAGGGCAGCCCACAUGAAUGCCCAGUAUGCUCACAGUAUUUUACGUUAGAUGUGGUAGGCCCUGGUGGACCUCCAGACGGACAUGGAGAUGGAGAUGAUGGCGGUCAUCACCACUAGAAGAUAGUCGGCAAAUUUCUGCCAGAAUAAGAUCUGGUGACAGGAUGAGGAGUUUUCUAAUAUUCUUCAGGUUUCGAAACUCAUUGGUUUUCGGAACGAUCUGCUUUCACUAUAGCCUUGUUGCUUUGGCAACAAUUGAACCUGCUUCUCCUCUCCUUUUUUUGGGAUUUAAAACAUGGGAAGGUGAUCCAUAGAAAUUAUGGAUUUCAAUUUUUUAAACCAUUGAGGAUACAAUAAUUGUUGACAGCAAUUAGUUGAGUCUAGUUAUAUUUUGCUGUUCUGCGGAACUUUCAGACUACACACUUUUAAUCCAAUAUCUUUUUGUAUUUUGUUUUUUGUUUUUUGUUUUUUGUUUUUCUAUAUUGUUUGUAUUUUUCGAGUUCCGAAGGUGGUUGAAGUAAUAUAUAUAAUCGCUAGUUAUGCUGUCUA